UUAACAAAUUAUAAUAUGCUGGUGAAAAUAGUUUCAGCUCACCGGACCCCUGAAAUGAUGUUUUCUUAUGCCUCAUCUGCCCUGGAGAGGCAUUCAGAUUAUCAUUGCUGGUGCAGCCCACUUGCCAGGUCACUCACUCCCGUGCCUGUUAUUGGUGUCCCCGUGCGUGCUUCUGCAUUGGAUGGACUUGAUUCACUCCUGCCCAUUGUGCAGAUGCCAAGGGGUGUUCCAGUUGCAACAGUUGCAAUAAACAAUGCUACCAAUGCAGGUUUGCGCGCAGUAAGGAUGAUGGGGAUUCGCGAUGCUGACCUAUUGGCAAGAAUGAGCCAGUAUCAAGAAGACACAAGAAAUGAUGUCUUGAGAAAUGCAGAGAAGCUUAAAAAGGAUGGUUGGGUGUCUUAUUUGAAUCCAUAAGUACUUAACUGCUUUGCCAGCCAUAUGCAUGAUUUUUGUGAGUUUAACACACUAUGGAAGUUCAAGUUUGGAGAACAUAUUACCACAGCUAAACUUGGAAUUAACUAAAGGAUAUGUCCAAUUAAGGCAUUAAGUGGAUCAAUAUAUUGUAGGGAAUUUAACCAAAA